CCUUUCACUUCAACGUGACAAAGGAUGUGAGGCCAAACCCUUCCGUUUCAGAAAGCCCUAAAACCCAUUCUACUCUCAAACUGAAGACAGUGCAUACACGAACACACUCUUCCAAACCCUAUUGAAAUCUCGAUCUAUUCUUUCAUUUCGCUGUACUCUUUCUCUGUCUAUAUUCGCACUUUCAUAAGGUGUUGUUUAGUUUGCGUGUAAGUACAGAAUCUGAUCGUGUUUUGUAAUUGCGAAGAUCCGGAAAGUUGCGAUACGAUGUCGUUGAGGGUGCUGAAUCCGAAUGCGGAGGUGCUGAACAAGUCGGCAGCACUUCACAUGAACAUCAAUGCCGCCAAGGGUUUGCAUGAUGUCCUCAAAACCAACCUCGGACCUAAGGGCACUAUUAAAAUGCUUGUUGGUGGAGCUGGUGACAUUAAACUCACCAAGGAUGGCAACACGCUUUUGAAAGAGAUGCAAAUUCAAAAUCCAACGGCUAUAAUGAUUGCAAGGACGGCUGUUGCUCAAGAUGAUGCAAGUGGAGAUGGUACUACUUCCACUGUCCUCUUUAUUGGGGAACUCAUGAAACAAUCAGAGCGCUACAUAGAUGAAGGGAUGCACCCACGUGUUUUGGUAGAUGGUUUUGAAAUUGCUAAACGAGCAACAAUACAAUUUCUUGAAAAAUUUAAGACUUCGGUGGUAAUGGGGGAAGAGCCAGAUAAAGAGAUACUGCAGAUGGUAGCAAGAACAACAUUGAGGACAAAGUUGUAUGAGGCGUUGGCAGAUCAACUGACUGACAUUGUUGCAAAUGCUGUACUCUGCAUUCGUAAACCUGAAGAACCUAUUGACCUUUUUAUGGUCGAGAUAAUGCACAUGCGCCACAAGUUUGAUGUGGACACUCGUUUGGUCGAGGGUCUUGUUCUUGACCAUGGUUCAAGACAUCCAGAUAUGAAACGUCGAGCAGAGAAUUGUUAUAUCUUGACUUGUAAUGUAUCGCUGGAAUACGAAAAGAGUGAAAUAAAUGCAGGAUUUUUUUACACGAAUGCUGAGCAAAGAGAAGCAAUGAUUGCAGCUGAAAGACGUUCUGUUGAUGAAAGAGUGCAGAAAAUCAUUGAUCUCAAGAACAAGGUCUGCAGCGGUAAUGACAACAGCUUUGUUGUUAUCAAUCAAAAAGGAAUCGAUCCUCCAUCUCUGGACCUUCUUGCUCGAGAAGGAAUAAUUGCCUUGCGGAGAGCAAAGAGGAGAAAUAUGGAAAGAUUGGUGUUGGCUUGUGGAGGAGAGGCUGUCAAUUCGGUUGAUGACCUAAACCCUGACUGCCUUGGUUGGGCUGGAGUGGUCUAUGAACAUGUCCUCGGAGAAGAAAAGUAUACAUUUGUGGAAAAUGUGAAAAAUCCACACUCUUGUACAAUCCUAAUCAAAGGACCUAAUGAGCAUACAAUUGCUCAGAUCAAGGAUGCAGUUCGUGAUGGACUAAGGGCAGUCAAAAAUACCAUUGAAGAUGAAGCUGUUGUACUGGUAUGGUAUUGCCUUUUUGAGGCUUGUGCAAUUUAUAUUAAAUCUUGUUAUUUUAUACUAGUAAUCUAAGCUAAGAAAGUAUUC